AUGAUUCUAAGUUUUGUUAAAUUUAUUAUAGUUUCAGUUAUAGCAGAUCAUAUGAAUAAUUUACAGUUUCAAGAUUUUGGACCAAGCACGGUUAAUCCAAAUAAUGAUCCUCGACCUCCGGGUGAACUUGGAGAUCAGUCCUAUCUGUUCACUUCUGGUGGAACAAGUAGUCGAAAUAAUACAAGAGAAAACAAGAAUUUUUUUUCAUUCGAAUUUUAUCAGCAGUACUUUGAUGUUGACACUGAUCAAGUAUUGUCAAGAAUUUUGUACAGUAUGUUUCCACAAUUUGGGUCAAAUUUUAUCACUGAUCACAUCCAACCGCUUCCAGAUUUAUGGGGGCCCUUCUGGAUAUCCGUUACUUUGGUAUUUUCUACAGCUAUUUGCGGUAAUCUUGCAAAAUAUAUUCAAACAUCAGGCGCUAGUACAGGUUAUCAAUAUGGAAGUGACUUUAGAUUAGUUACUGGUGCUUCAACAAUUAUUUUUUGCUAUGUCGUAUUGGUACCAUUCAUUCUUUAUUCCUUGUUUUGGUAUCGCAAAUCAUAUUUGCAAUAUUCAUAUUUGGAUAUACUUUGCGCUUAUGGCUACAGUCUAUCAGUCUUUGUUCCUGUAUCGAUUCUCUGGGUUUUACAAGCACAGUGGUUUCGUUGGCUGCUUAUAAUUUUAUCAGUUGCAGUAAGUGGUUCAGUGCUUGCAAACAGUAUAUGGCCUGCCAUUAAAAAUGAUCACAAUAAAGCAAUUGCUUUGGGAACAAUACUUAUCGUUUUGCUGUUGCAUUCAUUAGUUGCAGUUGGCUUUAAAGAGUAUUAUUUCGACGCAUCCUUACCAAGCAAACUUGAGACCGAGAAUUUUCACCUGUUACAUCAACAAGUUCAAAAUAUUGAGCAUUCACAUGCACGUUUGGAAGUUAGUUCUGUGGUGAACAAUUUAACGGCGUCAAAUGAAGAAAAAGUAUCUCAGAUCAAAAUGGAGAAGUUGGACGAAAACAGCGAAAAUAUUAAAAAGAAGGAAGAUGAUGCUGGAAUAGAAAAUAUGAAGCAACUUAAUGCCACUGUAGCUCCAAAAGUUGUGGCAAAACUUUCGAAAUCUAUUUAG